AUGCAGUACGCAACGAUCGCUCUUGACCAGGAGCGAGGCAGCCCGUCCCUCGAGUCUGUUCAGGCCCGGCUGAUCAAGGUCCACCACCUCCUCAGCUCAUCCCGUCCCAACGCUGCAUCAUACCAGUUCGGCUUCGUCGUUCAGCUGAGCUACACUCUCGGCUUGCACCACAAGCGAGCGAAGCACGGGGUGAAGAAUUUGCUUCAGUCUGAGCUCCACAGCCGGACAUUUUGGGCCGUAUACUCCACAGACCGCUACCUGAGUAUCGUGCUCGGGCGACCAUUGCUGGUGCACAGUGAGUUCAUGACGCAAGGCUUCCCCACCGCCAUCAACGACGAGGACUUGAGCGAUGGCUGCAGCACAUGUUCGCCAUCACCAUUCACGGACUGCACGACCUUGGCCAGCAUAGUUCACGCCAAGCUGGCGCAGAUUGUUGGCAGGGUGAUAGUGCAGCACUACACUUUCACACGCGCGAGACUUUUCGAACAGAUGCGUGAGAAUAACGAAGCGCUGCAGCAGUGGAAGGCAGCAUUGCCACCUUUUCUUUCAGGAGAAGUCAAGCCGGCGAGCCUUGUUCCGGUAUCUAAGCGACAGUCGAAUGUCCUCCGCAUGUUCUAUCUGCACUGUGUGAUCUUGAUCAAUCGGCCCUAUCUUCUCUACGCCUUCCAGAAGGGCGACCGACGUGGGCGCGGCGAGAACGGCUUGGAGUCCUAUUCCGCUUGCAUCGAUGCUGCUGUGGAGCUGGCGAGCCAACUCACUGCGAUAUCUCGCACGGGCCAGCGAGUUGACAUCUUCUGGUUCACGCUGAACAUCACUUUCAAUGCCGUGUCGAUUCUGUACCUCCACGGACUAGUCCGGUUCCAAGAGGAGCGACGCCUGGCCGAAGAAGACGUUCGCUUGUUUGGUGUGGCCAAAUCCGCGCAUCAGGCCCUCGCGGAAGUCAGCCAAACAAGCCCUCCAGCGCUCAGGUACACUGUGGUGCUGGACACGUUGAGAGCAGAAGUGGAUAGUUUGCCGUCAACAUCAGGACCAAAUCCGCUGGAUGCUUCAACUCUGGACACUCCACGAGCAGGCGGUGGGAUGUAUGACGGCCCAGAUAUUCGAGGUGAUUGGCAUGCAAGCGAUGAUUAUGGCGACCUGGACUUCUUGAUUUCUGAAGUCUUGGAGAUUCCCGGGGCGAUGAUGCAUCCUUUCUCGCCGCUCGAUACCUCGAUCAGCUCCGCACUUGGGCAAGUCAAUGAUCACAAUGUUUGA